AAAAUAAAGGCAGAUUAUGUUACGAGUUUUUUUAAUCACCACUUGAGCCUGAAAUUUGAAUAAAAUAUUCCUAUCUUCAAAUUUAAAUGUUUGUUUUUUGAGAGUCAAAUAAAAUUUUCUUUUAGCACGAUUUUAUUUAUGUUGCUUUGAAACAUUUUAAGCAGACAAUGAGCCGAGGGCGAUCUUCAAUACUUUUUUACAUAAUUCUCAAAUGUAAAUUUUUUCAAAAAAAUAUAAAGCAGGUAUUUCAACGUGAACUUGAAAUUAUUGAUUUGGGUGAAAGUUGAUUUGAAGAUGAAAUUUUGUUUGAUAGUUAGAAGUAUGGCAAACAAUUAUCGUGGUUUGAAGUUGCAUGAGGAAGAAAAGCGUAACAUUUAAUUUGAUCAAUGUUUGCAACUAUACUAUGAAUUACUUGUACAUCAAGGAAUUCAAAAAUAUAUGCAUGAUUGUAUGUAUAUAUAAGCAAAAUUAUUUACUCUAUUUGCAGAAGAUAUCGAUUGAAUUUCCCUUUCAUCGAUUGAGCGUAUAUAUGGCUUCAUACGUUAUAUAAUUUAAAUAAAUUGGUAGGUACAUAUUUCUUUUUGUUUCUACAGCCAGAAAACAACUUCGAAUUAAAACCAACAAAGCAAAAUUGAUCUUAGCCAAAGAAAUCAGUAAAAUUGUUGUUUUUUGUUGACCUGACGCAAUUGCUGUAUUAAUUACACAACCAUCAACCUUCAGCUAUAUAUAUGCCUAUAUCCCAAUAUUGGUCAUCUUGCAUCAAACGUAAGACAAAAUUUAAAGCUACUUUGGUUAUCCAAACCUAUAUAUGCGAAGGAAAACUAAUUUUGCGUAAGAAUAUAAGCUUAGACAUUACAGUAUUACAUAUGGAGUUCAGAAGACGGAGAAAACUUAGUCUGAAACCAAUUGAAACCAAGGGUAAAGAUCACAUUGAUGACGCAGCUGAAGAAGAAGGGCUACUGAGUCCAUCGGCUCGGUUAUUUCACGAGCCCAACUUCAAUGUCCACGUUGUAGCUAUUAUGGGCAUCAAAUCAAGAAUCAACUUCCAAAAAAUUAAAGAGAAUUUGGUCCAUACUUUGCUUAAGCAUCCUCGUUUCUCCAGUCUCCAGGUGGUGGAUGAGAAAAAUAAUGGAGAAAUGAAAUGGGUGCGGACAAAGGUGGACUUAGAUAAGCACAUCGUGGUAACACAAGUGGAUGAUGAACAAAGCCUGCUGCAGGAAACACCAGACAAGUUCGUGGAGAACUAUAUUCAGAAUCUUAGCAAAACCCAUCUUGACAAAUCGAAACCUAUGUGGGAUCUCCAUCUUCUUAACGUCAAAACAUCUGAUGCUGAGGCUGUUAGCAUUUUACGAUGCCACCAUUCAUUUGGAGAUGGCACCUCUCUUGUUUCCCUUCUGCUGGCUUGUACUCGCCAAACUGCUGAUCCAGAUAAAGUUCCAACUAUUCCGAGGCUUAUUAAUCCUUCAAAUCAUUCCACUAAGGGAUCAUUGUGGCGGCCAUAUGUUCAAAAAUUCUGGUCUUUUAUCAAAUUGUUUUGGUACACGAUUGUGGAUGUGUUGAAGUUAAUGGCCACAAUUAUGUUCUUUAAGGACACAACUACGCCGAUUAAGAGUAGCCCUGGUUCUGAGUUUAAUCCUAGGCGAAUUGUUUAUAGGACAGUAAGUCUUGACGAUAUGAAAUUGGUGAAAAAUGCAUUGAAUAUGACAAUAACUGGUGUCGCUUUGGGAGUAACACAAGCUGGUUUGUCUAUCUAUCUUAACAGGAGAUAUGGUGAGGGCAAGAAGGACAGGGGAGCAACGGAGAAGAACAAUAAUCUUCCCAUGAACAUCAGACUUAGAUCAGCUAUUCUUAUGAACCUAAGACCGUCAGUUGGAAUUCAGGCUUUAGCUGACAUGAUGGACAAAGACACUAGUGAGGCAAAGUGGGGAAAUUUGGUUGGUUUUGUUCUUGUACCGUUUAAAAUUGCUUUACAAGAUGAGCCGUUAGAUUAUAUCAGAGGAGCUAAGGCAACUAUUGAUAGGAAGAAAAACUCACUUGAAGCUAUCUACACAUCUUUCAUUACAGAAUUAGCACUCAAGUUUUUCGGGAUUAAGACAUCAAGUUGGAUAUUGCACAAAACUUUCACCAAUACCACAAUGUGCUUUUCCUGUAUGCCUGGUGCUCAAGAAGAAAUUAGUUUCUAUGGACAUCCUUUGGCUUACCUUGCACCCGGUUCUUAUGGACAACCUCAGGGAUUGAUGAUUAAUUAUCAAAGCUAUAUAAACAAGAUGGCUAUCGUUCUAUCAGUAGAUGAAAGUGUCAUUCCAGAUCCACAUCAAUUGUUGGAUGAUUUUGAACAAUCUCUAAAGCUUAUCAAGGAUGCUGUGGUAGAAAAUGUUGUUUCACAACAUAUUUAGUUUACUCUUCUUGUUUUAUAUUAUGGCUCAAAUCUACUCUCUUUUUAAGAGAUGGAUGGGGGGGACUUCACGUGUUUAAAUUCUUCCUCAAAAUAUCCAGAUUUAUCGAAAAAAAUAUUAAUUAUCA